AUGUUACCUGUCCACUCGGUCCUGGCCUUGCUUGUCGCAGCGGCGUCUGCGGCUCCUGGUCAGCCAACUGACAAGGCUUUUGACUAUAUUGUUGUCGGCGGGGGUACUGCUGGUCUUGCUUUAUCGACCCGUCUUAGUCAGGGGCUGCAGAAUGCGACCGUCCUUGUCAUCGAAGCAGGUCCGGCAGGUCUCGGUGACGAGCGCAUUGAGAUCCCGGGUCGGCGAGGCUCGACCUUUGGUAGCAAGUACGAUUGGAAUCUCACGACUGUGCCGCAGGAGGGAUCCAAUGGCCGCGUCUGGGUUCAGACGAGAGGGCACGUCUUGGGUGGGAGCUCUGCACUCAACCUCUUCUCAUACGACAGGGCGUCUGCUCACGAAUACGACGGAUGGGAAGAGCUUGGUAACCCAGGGUGGAACUGGGAAUCGAUGCGGUCUGCCAUGAUGAAGUCUGAGAAUUUCACCUCGGCCAAUACCCAGUACUACACUGGGAGCGAGGGCGUUGGCGAUUCCGGACCUAUUAAGGCUCUGAUCAACCGGCUUAUCCCUGAGCACCAAGCCCCAUUGUUCCCGGUCAUGAACAGCCUGGGGAUCGAAACGAACCUCGAAUCCUUGAACGGUAACGUUUUGGGUGUUCUGUACUCGCCCAACAGCAUCGAGCCGACCCACUACAACCGAUCCUACAGCGCGAAUUCCUACCUACCCUUGGCCGGUGCGAACCACUUCGUUCUCACAGAGUCAAAGGUUGCCAAAGUCAAUCUCAAGACCACCUGCCACGGUAGUCAGCGUGCUACUGGAGUAACUCUUGCCGACGGAACCGUCCUAGCUGCACGUCGCGAGGUCAUCGUCUCCGGUGGAGGCCUACUCAGCCCUUCUAUCUUGGAAAGCUCUGGCAUCGGCAAGGCCGAUAUUCUCUCCGCUGCUGGUAUCAAGCAGAUCAUUGAUCUCCCAGGAGUAGGUGAGAAUCUCCAGGAUCACAUCCGCAUCCAGAGUUCGUACGAGCUGAAGAGCAACUACACUGGAUACGACCGUCUCAAGUAUGACACAGCCUAUGCAGCUGAGCAGCUCCAGCUCUGGCGCGAAGGCAAGACUUCGAUGUAUGGAUACUCCGGUAGCGGAUACACGUUUACCAACUGGAACCAAGCUCUUGGUAGCGAGGGUGAGGCAGAGCUUACUGCUCUUGCUCAGACGGCAAUCGGCGAUAGCGACAACUCAAUCGAGAAGAAGAAGCUCCAAUGGCUCAACGAUACGACGGUACCUCAAUUGGAGAUACUGUUCAGCGAUGGAUAUACCGGCGUCAAGGGGUAUCCCACUCCAGGUAGCUCGGAUUACGGCAAGGACUAUUUCACGCUCAUCGCCGCCAUUAUGCACCCCUUGAGCCGUGGAAAUGUCCAUAUCAACCCUACCAACCCCUUGGGGCCGCCUCUCAUUGAUCCAAACUACAUUUCCAACGAGUACGACCUACAAGCAGCCAUCCAAGCCAUCAAAAAAUGUCGUCAAGUUGCUCUGACAGAGCCUCUAAGAUCCACGUGGGUUUCGGAGUACGAGCCAGGCUUGAACAUCACAACAGACGCGCAGUGGCGGGACUUUGCCCUCAAGACUACCUUGUCCAUCUAUCACCCAGUGGGCUCCUGCGCAAUGCUUCCGAAGGAAGACGGCGGCGUCGUUGACCCGUCGCUCAAGGUCUACGGAACCGAGAACCUCAGAGUCGUGGACGCAAGCAUCAUGCCCGUUCUCAUCUCGGCUCACAUUCAGACCGCGGUGUAUGGUAUUGCAGAAAAAGCUGCCGAAAUCAUCAUUCAGGCUGCAAAGAAGUGA